GAGAAGAGCAGGAUCAAGAGUGGCACAUAGAAACUCACAGCCGGCACAACCAACAACCGACCCACCAAACACAUCCCCUCAUCAGGAGCAGGUUGGCUGGAGGUCAUGGAGUGGAGACUGGCCUUACUGCUGUUCUCAGGUUUUGUCAUGGAGUGCAUCCCUCAUCACUUCAUCUUUGUGGACAUGAGUAAGACCUGGACUGAGGCACAGCGCUACUGCAGGGAACACUACACUGACCUGGCCACCACUGAAAACAUGGAGGACAUGCAGAUGAUGGUGGACACUGCUAAAGGUUAUGAGGGGGAAGCCUGGAUUGGGCUGCACCAGACUGCUGUCUCCAGCUGGAAGUGGUCCCUGGCAGAUGAUGGUUCUUAUGGUCCUGGAGAGGCUAACUUCACUCACUGGUUACAAGGACAGCCUGGCGGUGGGGAUGGGGAGGAAUAUGCAGAGUGGGUCUGUGGAGAUGGGUGGAAUGAUAAGGAUUGUACUACACCUCUUCUAUUUGUGUGCUAUGAUGAGGCCCGUAGUGGUAGUGAGCGAUAUGUCCUCAUUAAUGAGAGAAAGUCCUGGAGAGAAGCUCAAGAGUUCUGCAGACAACACCACACAGACCUGGUGAGUGUGAGAGAUGAGGAGGAGGACCAGCUGAUUAAAGAGGAGGUGGGAACGGGGUGCAAAAUAGUUUGGAUCGGCCUGUUCAGAGAUGACUGGACCUGGUCUGACCAGAGGACCUCAUCCUUCAGACACUGGAGAUCACCGUUUCCAGAUAACCAGAAGAAGGACAACUGUGCUGUUACAAUGCUAAAGCAAGGAACAUGGGAAGACAGAAAAUGUAAUGCAAAUGAAUAUCCUUUCUUCUGCCGCUUGGAUAAACCUCAGCUGGUGAGGGAGAGUCUGACCUGGACAGAGGCCCUCAUGUACUGCAGACAGCACCACAUGGACCUGGUCUCCGUCACCUCACCUGAGAUCCAGCACUGGGUGAUGGAGGAGGCUAAACGGGCCUCCACUGAUCAGGUGUGGCUGGGCCUGCGCUACCUGUGCCCACUGAACAUCUGGUUCUGGGUCAGUGGAGAGACCGUCUGCUGGGAGAACUGGGCUGAGGAGAGAGAGAAGGAGAACGGGAGGGAGGGAUGCGGUGCAGAUCAGAGAGCAGGAGCGCUGCAGUCUGGAGGGGAGUGGGUCAGCCUGCCUGACAGCACCAGACUCAACUUCAUCUGCGCUAAUUGAGAGAUGGUCAACAUGGAUGUCCAGGGUGCAGGCUGCCAAUUUUAAUAAUAUUUAGAAAUAAUUUGUAUCAGUUAUUUAAAGCAACAUUGUGUAUUUUGGGGUUAAUUAUUGGGGAUAAUUCUCCCAUCCAGUGAUAAAAUGCUAUAUUACAACAGAUUACAGCAAGCAGUUUAUCAGUGCUAACGAACAUUACUGUAAGCGCAAGACUAAGCUAAUGUGGUCAUCUAUCGCCGUGCAAAGUGUCAGAAAUCAUCAGGUUAUUCAACGUUAGGGGGUUCCCGGCAGCCACGAGCACAAUUUGGGGGGAUCCCUUGGGGAUCAAUAAAGUAUAUCUAUCUAUCUAUCUAUCUAUCUAUCUAUCUAUCACAACUCUUUGGUAACUGACCGACAAAUGCAAGAGGCAGAGCAAGAAUUCCAGGUACUGUAUGUCCCUCCUUGGCUACUGUAGGCUAUUGUAAAGAUGGAGGCCGAAACAUGGCUGUUGCUACUGUAUAAUGACAAUUUGCUCAUACUGUAUGUAUUCUGAAUGGCAGAGUCUAAGCUGACGAACAUACGUUGAUUUAUUUGGCGGAAAUAAUUACACAUGAAUGAGCACAUAUUUUGGAAGACAACAUAUUUUUUCGGCUAAGAAUUGACCCCCCAAAAAACAACACAAUGUAGCUUUAACAUACAGUAAAAAUAACUUUUAAAUGAUUUUGUACUUGUUGGAGAUGCACCUUAUUUUAACAUGGACGGGUCACUAAUUAUUUAAGCUUAUGGGUGAUGUGGCAUCUUUCAUUAAAAAAAAGGUUUUGUUAAAUAUAUCAUAAAUGAUCUGUUUUGCAUAUUGUGGAGUUGUCUAUUGUCCUACAGUAUACCUAGACUGAGAGAUUACAUUUUAAAUAAUUUUAAAAUAUUUGUUUAGAUGCACCUCUAUUUAACAUGGAUGGUCACUAUAAAUCAUGCUAAUGGAUGAGCUGGCUUAAUAACACAGACUGCUUAUUAUAUUCUUUUUAGAAAGUCUUGUGAAAUAUAUUGUAUUGUCUAUUUUUGGAUGUUGACUGAUUAUUCAAUGGUUCUAUUAAAUAAGUGUGAUCAUAAGCGUGAACUUAUUUUAAGGAAUCUUGAACAUUUUCAAAUUUGAGAUAAUUUCAGUUUUUACACUUAUUUACACUGUGCCUUGUUGAAAACAUUGUUGAAUCUUCUUUUUUCCCCAAAAAUAAAGCUUG